AAUGAGACUGCGCACAUCAUCAUGGGGAGUUAACGUUAAGGAGUGACAGACGAGCUGAUACUAAUGUCCGUGCUUUUUUAUAUUUUGUGAAUUCGUGCUAUUGUACGCACCACAGUGAGUCGUGUCAGAGGUCCGUGUAGUCGUAAGCCAUGCGGCGGAGUAAGGCUGAAGUGGACCGAUACGUCUCCUCGGUACAGAGUUCAUCUCCCUCACUCAAAGAGAAGCCAGUCAAAGGAUUUUUAUUUGCUAAAUUGUACUUUGAAGCAAAGGAAUAUGAACUUGCAAAAAGGCAUGUUUCAGAGUAUCUCAAGGUCCAGGAGAGGGAUCCCAAAGCACACAAGUUCCUUGGACAACUCUACGAGAGAGAGGGAGACAUCAACAAGGCAGUAGGAUGUUACAAGCGGUCAGUGGACUUGAACCCAGCCCAGAGGGACCUGGUGCUGAAGGUGGCUGAGCUGCUUGUCGGUAAGGAGGAAUGUGACAGCAGAGCAGAGUUUUGGGUGGAGAAAGCUGCAAAGCUGUUACCAGGGAACCCAGCAGUCUUCAACCUAAAGGAGCGUCUGUUGAGUCGUCAGGGUCAGCAGGGUUGGAACAGGUUGUUCGACCUCCUGCAGGCCGAGCUGGCAGCACGACCGGGUGACGCCCACGUGAAUGUAAAGUUGGUUCAGCUGUUCUGUCAGGAUGGUCGGCUGGAUGAGGCUGUUAAACAUUGUCUGACUGCUGAGAAAAGGGGCCUGCUGCGCCACAGCCUGGACUGGUACACUGUGGUGCUGCACACACUACAGGAAUACCUGUCUCAACCCAGCGUCUCCAGCAAUGAAAAGAUGUGUCGCCGUCUCCAGAGAGAGCUGCUGUUGGCACACUGUAGCCUGCUGAGAAUCACCCUGUCUGAGGGCAGUGUGCAGUCCAGCCUCGAUGCACUUAGAGGUUUUGACCAAGCUAUGCAGACUCUGAGCAGCAUUGUGGGCCACCACACAGAUGAUCUGUGCGAGGCGUUUGUGGAGAUGAGGGGUCACCUCUACCUGCAUGCUGCUACACUGCUGUUGAAACUGGCUCAAGAUCGCCAACACACCUGGAGGGCAGUCAUUGACCUGGCUGCACUGUGCUACCUGCUAGCAUACCAGGUCCCCAGACCAAAGCCAAAAUUGACCAAAAGAGACCAAUCAGCCCCAUAUCUUCUGGAGCUGCUGGCCAAUGACCGACAGAGUCAGUCUGGGCACAUGCUGUUUAAUCUGAGUGCUGAUUCAUCCGCCUUAAUCAGAGAGGUGGUGGAGGCAUUUGGGAACCGCAGUGGUCAGGACUCUCUGUUUGAACUCCUGUGGGGACCGCAGGCCUCCACCGGAUCUUCCUUUAUCGCCAACGAUGACAUUCAUUCCAUCAACUCCAUGGCUCCAGAGCUGUCUCAGCUGGCCAAGUGGGACGCUGGCUCCAUCCUGCUGCACAGUGGUGAUUUGCAACAUCUGAGCUGGCUGGGGCUGCAGUGGACGCUUCUGACACAAAGACCGGCGCUGCGAGAAUGGCUUCAGCAGCUCUUCCCAAGGCUUACGCUGGAAACCUCCAAACUAGACACCAACGCACCGGAGUCAAUCUGCCUGUUGGACCUGGAGGUGUUUUUAUACGGUGUGGUGUUCUGCAGCCACUGUCAGCUCAAGGAGACAGCAAAGAUCAGCAGUGGAGUGAAUCAGCAGCAGCAACAGCAGCUCUAUGAGCCUCGCUGCCUCCCGCUUCCUCUCCUCCGCCUCCUGACCACCGACAGACAGAGGGAGUGGUGGGAUGCCAUCUAUAGCCUCAUUCACAAACGUGCAGCUCCCGGCAUGUCGGCCAAGCUGCGGAUGAUUGUGCAGCAUGGACUGAACACUCUGAGGGCCAGAGAGAAACAUGGGCUUCAACCAGCGCUGGCCAUCCACUGGGCUCAGUGUCUCAGCCAGACGGGUGACGGAGUAAACUCAUACUACGACCAGAAGGAGUACAUCGGCCGCAGUGUCCACUACUGGAACAUUGUCCUCCCACUGUUGGAGAAGAUCAAAAACAGACGAAGUAUACCUGAACCACUCGAGCCGCUUUUUAUCCACUUCCCUUCCAAAGACAUUCAGAUUUCUUCUGUGAAAGGUUAUGAAGAGGAAGCCAAAAUAGCAUAUGCGGUUCUCUUCGACAUUGAAGGCAGAACCGAGGAGGCCAUCGCUGCCUUGGAAACCAUCAAUAACAUGUCAUCCAUCUGGCAUUUAGCGCAGAUCUAUCAGCGGCUGUCAGAGGAAGCCAGCAGUGGAGUUGAAGAGACUCAAGAUCGGUGUAUCACCUUUCUGAGAAAGUUCAGGACCUACCUGUCUAAGAUCUACAAUGCCAAUGCAGAUGACAUUGAAAAGCUGCCUGUGUCCAUGGAGGAAGUUGUGGACCGCCUUAAUGACGUAAACCAGCAGCUGGGAGAGAGUGGGGAGGGCAUGGAUGAAGAGGAUGAGAAGGAAGAGGAGGGGCGAAGAGGACCAGCCCACUCCAGCCCUGCUCAUCCCACAGAAACUUGUGCAACCAUAUCGCACAUUAAGUUUUCCACUCCAUCUCCCAACAAAAGUAUCAUCUCUCCUUCCAAAAGACUAAUUUCUCCCAAGACACCACCUCACUGGGUGGAGGACCAGAAAAGUCUCCUUCAGAUGUUGUGCCAGCAAGUUGAAGCGCUCAAGAAUGAGGUUCACGAUCUGAGACAUAACUCAUCAGGAAAUGCAAGCUCUCCUCAUAAGAUGUAUGGAGAGAGCUACGGUGCCGAGGGCCUGCAAGAACCAUUUACCCCAGUGCAGUCCUACCAUGGGGCCCCACUAACAGUUGCCACCACAGGCCCGUCUGUAUACUACAACCAGUCUACAGCUUAUAACUCUCAGUAUCUCUUGCGCACAGCAGCAAAUGUGACUCCUACCAAGGGUCCAAUGUAUAGUGUGAACCGUAUGCCACCUCAGCAGCAUAUGUAUGCCUACCAGCCGCCCACUCACACACCUCCGUUGCAAACAGCCCCAGCCUGCAUCUACCCUCCACAGGAGCAAGUCUUUGGUGCCCCUCUUCGGUUUGAAUCUCCAGCCACAAACCUUCUUUCUCCAUAUAGUGAAGAAUAUUAUGGCCAGAGUGUUACCCAGCAAACCACUAAUCCUCCUCUGCCUGAGCCUGGCUACUUCACCAAGCCAUCGGUAGUCCCUGUUCAGCCACCAAAGAGUAUUGAGGGGAAGCCUAUGGACUUUGGAAAGCUCUCCUUCAGCCAACAGGCCCCAGCUGAGGUCCCCAGAGUGCCUAGUUUUGGUGCAGGAGCAGUUGCCCAGUCAACACCUUCAGCUGCUUUUAAAUUCAACUCCAACUUUAAAUCCAAUGAUGGAGAUUUCACUUUCUCAUCUUCCCAAGCCAAGCACAGUGAAAGUUUGCUUGGUCUUCUCACAUCAGACAUUCCUGCUAAAACAGAUGCUGUUCCAGAGAAGCAAGCCGCUCAGGAGCAACCCCCCAGCCAAACAGGCAUCUUCACCUUUGGCAAUAAAAAUAUUACUAGCUUUUCAUUUGUUGAUUCAGCACAGACCACAGCUACUGGCAGUCUGUUUGGAAAAGUGGAGCAGCCAUUUAAAUUUGGAGAUAUUUCCAAGCCAGCAUUUGAGGUAGCCAAGCCAGCAGCAGAACAGGAAAGAGCAGCAGAGAGUGACAAUGACAGCACUCACAUCGAGGAGGAUGAAGAUGGGCCUCACUUUGAACCCAUUGUACCACUUCCUGAUAAAGUAGAUGUGAAAACAGGUGAGGAAGAGGAGGAGGAAAUGUUUUGCAACAGGGCAAAGUUGUAUAGGUUUGACACCGAAACAAAAGAGUGGAAGGAACGAGGCAUUGGCAAUGUUAAAAUCCUAAAACAUAGCACUAAAGGGAAGGUCCGACUCCUAAUGAGAAGGGAACAAGUCCUUAAGAUCUGUGCAAACCACUACAUCACUGCUGAUAUGCUGCUGAAACCAAAUGCUGGCUCUGACAAAUCCUGGGUAUGGAAUGCCAUUGAUUAUGCAGAUGAGGAGCCGAAGCCUGAACAACUGGCCAUCCGUUUUAAAACAGUAGAUGAGGCAUCACUAUUUAAAGCUAAAUUUGAGGAAGCCCAGAAAAUCGUCCUCAAAUCACCGGAAGAGCACUAUCAACACGAGAGGAAAGAGGAAAGCUUGAAAGAGUCUGAGUCUCUGGCAGCCCAGUUUGCACUUAAGGAAGGUGAAUGGGAGUGCACUGUUUGCUAUGUAAGAAAUGCACCCACAGAUGUGCGGUGUUUGGCGUGUCAAAGUCCCAAUCCCAAAUCUUCAUCAAAGCCAGACAUUCAGCCUGCAGGUGAAACCAAAGCCAGUCCAUUUACUUUCAAAUUUGGUACAGAUUCAUCAAAGCAGAGUAGUUUUGGCUCGACAUUUACUGGAUUUGGAGCUUUUGGUGCAUCUGUACCCUCGUCAUUUACAUUUGGUAUCAGCUCCUCAAAAACUCCUGACACAGGAACCAGUGCAUUUGAUUGUGGCUUUGGGGCUCAGUUUGCCAAGAAGCCAGGGCAGUGGAACUGUGACACAUGUUCUACGAGAAAUGAGGCCUCUGCAGACAGUUGUGUUUCUUGCAAAGCUCUUAAAACAUCAACUGAAACAACUGCCACAGCACAAACGACACCAGCUGCAGAUGCACCUGCUGUACAGCCCUCGAUAUCUACCGUAGACAGUCGGUUAUUUGCCCAGUUUAGCAAGAAGCCCGGGCAAUGGGACUGUGAUGUAUGUGAAAUCAGAAAUGAAGCAUCUGUUGAUAAAUGUGUUGCCUGUAAAAGGCCAAACCCUUCUGCUAAAUCUACAGAGGGGACUCCAGCAGCAUCAAACCUGUCAGCAGAGUCAGGACUGGGGGCUUUUGCUAAGAAAGAUGGGCAGUGGGACUGCAACACCUGCCUUGUCAGAAAUGAUGCAUCAGCUGCUUCCUGUGUUUCCUGUCAUGCACCAAAUGAGAACCCUUCUUUAGAAGCCAUGUUUGCUAAGAAAGAUGGAGAAUGGGAUUGUGACAUUUGUCUGGUGAGAAAUGAUGCCUCUGCCAACAAAUGUGCAGCCUGUCAGACCCCAAAUCCUAAUGCAAAAAGCACAAGCAACGCUGCACCCUCUGCCUCAAGCUUCAGCUUUGUCUUUGGAACCAAGAGUUCAUCAAGUCAGUCUGCUGGAACUGGAUUUACCAUUCCUUUUGGAAGUGGCAGUACCUUUCAGUUUGGUGAAAAUAAAGAUAAAAAUUCAGCUGCUUCUUUCAAGUUUGAAGCUUCUCAGUCAGGAUCAAGUGCCACAACUUCAGGCUUCUCUUUCUCCAUGCCCAAUCCAGCAGGUGGCUUUAAGUUUGGCAUUCAGGAACCUGCUCAAGAAUCCCCCUCAAAUGAUAAUCAAACACCAUCAGGGCCAGCCUCUAGUUUUCUUAAAAGCAUAGCUGACAAACACAAGGAGGAAAAAAGUUUGUCUACACCUUCAGUGGGCCAAACAGAUCAAGAUCAAAAUCCACUAGUUGCUGGAAAAACCAAUACUUUCAGUUUUGCAGACUUGGCAAAAUCAUCUGGUGGGGAUUUCCAGUUUGGUGAGAAAGACCCAGAUUUCAAAGGCUUCUCUAGGGCUGGUGAGCAGGUGUUCUCAUCUUUCCAGGCAACCCCCACCAAGACAGAAGCUACAAAUGAGCUGGAGGAUGACGACAUGUAUAAAACGGAGGAAAAUGAUGAUAUCCAAUUUGAACCGGUGGUUCAGAUGCCGGAGAAGGUGGACCUGGUGACGGGGGAGGAGGAUGAACAGGUUCUUUAUUCUCAGCGUGUCAAACUGUUCAGAUUUGACUCCAAUACCAGUCAGUGGAAAGAGCGUGGUGUAGGAACCCUCAAAUUCCUAAAAAACAAUUCUAAUGGCCGGCUAAGGGUGCUGAUGAGAAGAGAACAAGUUCUGAAAGUGUGUGCCAACCACUGGAUCACCACUACUAUGAACCUUAAGCCUCUGGCAGGCUCAGACAAAGCAUGGAUUUGGAUGGCCAAUGACUUCUCUGAUGGAGAUGCUAAACUUGAACAGUUGGCUGCAAAGUUUAAAAGCCCUGAGCUUGCAGAGGAGUUCAAAGAAAAGUUUGAAGAGUGUCAAAGACUUCUCUUGGAUAUCCCCCUGCAAACUCCUCACAAGCUGGUUGACACAGGCAGAACAGCACAUCUCAUUCAGAAAGCAGAGGAAAUGAAGUCUGGUCUGAAAGACCUGAAAUCCUUUUUGACAGACGAGAAAACCAAGAUCAAAGAUGAUGACACCCAGGGAGACAUGACAACAUCCAGUGAUGUUUCAAGCCUUGUAAGCAAGCCUCAUGGGGAAACUACUGGCCCCACUUUGGAGUGGGAUAACUACGACUUAAGAGAAGAAGCUUUAGACGACACUGCUAACUCAUCGGUCUAUGCCUCACCCCUUGCCAGUAGCCCCCUGAGGAAGAACCUUUUCCGCUUUGGGGAAUCCACUGGUGGGUUCAGCUUCAGCUUCCAGCCUGGAAUCAGCCCCGCCAAGUCUCCCUCAAAACUUAACCAGAGUAGAGCUUCAGUGGGCACGGAUGACGAGCAGGAUGUAAGCCAGGAUGAAGAGCGGGAUGGUCAGUACUUUGAACCUGUCGUCCCCUUGCCUGACUUAGUGGAUAUUUCUACAGGAGAGGAAAAUGAACUGGUGGUCUUCAGUCACAGAGCAAAACUGUAUCGUUACGAUAAAGAACUGGGACAGUGGAAGGAGAGGGGUAUCGGAGAUCUCAAGAUCUUGCAGAAUUAUGAAUCCAAACGAGUGAGGCUGAUAAUGAGGAGAGACCAGGUUCUUAAGAUCUGUGCAAACCACUGGAUCACAGCAGCCAUGAAGCUGGAACCUAUGAAGGGGGCAGAGAAAGCCUGGGUCUGGAGUGCUAUGGACUUUGCUGAAGAAGGACAGGGCAAUAUUGAGCAAUUGGCUGUGAGAUUCAAACUGCAAGACACUGCAAAUACAUUCAAGGAGGUCUUUGAAGAAGCCAAGAUUGCACAGGACAAGAAGGAACUCAUGGAUCCAGUGACCUCCAGAGUUGCUGCACCACAAGAUGGUGGAGCUGCAGGCUCUGCAACAAUUGCUGCGACUGUAUGUGGGAAAGCAGCCAUAGCUGUUCUGGAAGAGACCACAAAAGAACGUACAGAGCUUUCUCCUGACACUAGGCCAUGUGCAGCUGGGUCUCAGAGUCCAGUCAAUCCUACAAAGGCCGUAGUGUCUCCCCCUAAGUUUGUCUUUGGGACUGACAGCCUUCAGAAGUUUUUUGGCACUCCUAAAUCUCCCUCUGAAAGUGAUGGAUCUGCAUCUGUUUUGAAAGCCAGAGAUUCUGGACGUCAUGCCACGGCUUCGCCUGCAGCUCCUGCAUUCAAAAUCCCAGAUAAAGGGUCCCCUCAGGCAGAAGGAAGCAGUGCAGGGUCGGAUGAGGACUCUGAGGUGGAGAUUGUGUAUGUCAGAGAGCCCACUGCUGAACAGGUAGCUUUAGCCAGGAAACUCCUGCUGCCCCUCACCUUCUUCUGCUACCAGAAUGAACCAGGCUACACCAGUGACGAUCAAACUGAUGAUGAGGACUUCGAGUCAGCAGUGGCAGCCUUGAAUGGAAAGAUCUACCCUGAUCCUCCUGAGAAAAAGGCUGCAGCUUGUGCUGAUGAACCGGACUGUCAGGUGGUGUGGGAGAAGAAGCCAACGCCAGAAGAGGAGGAGAGGGCCAAAAGUCUCCAGCUUCCUCCCACUUUCUUCUGCGGUCUGAGUACCACAGACAGUGACCCGGAUCACGACAAGCCUGAAGACUUUGAGACAGAAGUCCGCAAAGCACAGCAAGUCCUGGUUGCCCAGUUAAACAAGGCUGAACAGGCCUCCAGCAGUCCUGCCGAGGCCACAGCGGAGCCAACGCCUGGCCUGUCAUUCAGCAGUGUGGAGGCUGCAGGCAGCACGUCUGCACCGGAUGAGCAGACCUCAGACCAGCCAGCAGAGACUCAGAGUGAAGCUCAUAGCAGCAGCUCUCCUAUUGACUUGUCGACCAAGAAGACUUUAGAGCCAGAGAGCAGCACUGAGACUGACGCUGCAGCUUCUACAGCUACAACUAGUCAAGACUCCACCUUUGGCUUCAACUCGUUGGGAGGUUUUUCUUUUGCCGACUUGGCCAAAAACACAGAAGGAUUUGCAUUUGGAACAAAUGACUCUAAUUUCUCAUGGGCAAAUGCUGGAGCAACAGUAUUUGGGUCUGCAGUUCCCUCUGCGCCGAAAAACACUGCUGAAGAGGAGGGAAGUGAUGAGGAAGAGGCUUCUAAUAACGUGGAUAUUCACUUUGAGCCUAUAGUCUCCCUACCUGAGGUGGAGACAAAGUCUGGGGAGGAGGAUGAGGAAAUCUUAUUUAAAGAGCGCGCUAAGCUGUACCGAUGGGACCGAGAUCUCGGCCAGUGGAAGGAACGAGGCAUCGGUGACCUCAAGAUCCUCUUCCACCCGACCAAACAUUUCUACCGAAUCCUAAUGAGAAGAGAGCAGGUGCUGAGGGUUUGUGCCAACCACACGAUAUCACCAGCAAUGGAGCUUAAACCCAUGAACGCCUCCGCUAAUGCUCUGCUCUGGACCGCCACUGACUACUCAGACGGUGAUGGUGUUGUGGAGCAGCUUGCGGCCAAGUUCAAGACCCCUGAGAUAGCAGAAACCUUCAAGAAGACCUUCUGCGAAUGUCAGAGCCACAUAGGUCAAAGUGGUGACGACGCUUCGAGCACACAGAUGUCCAGAGUUCAGGAGCACUCCAGAGACACUAACCCGAAGGUGUUCCUCACAGUGGCAGCUGAUGGCCAACCGCUGGGCACCGUCACUAUAGAGCUCUUCUCUCAUAUUGUCCCCAAGACCGCAGAGAACUUCAGGGCUCUGUGUACUGGCGAGAAAGGCUUUGGGUUGAAGGACUCAAUCUUCCACCGGAUCAUACCAGAUUUCAUGUGUCAGGGUGGUGACAUCACCAACAGCGAUGGCACAGGAGGCAAAUCCAUCUACGGCAGCCAGUUCGAGGACGAGAACUUUGAUGUUCGGCACACGGGCCCGGGCAUUCUGUCGAUGGCUAACUGCGGCCGAGAUACCAACAACUCGCAGUUUUUCAUAACGCUGAAGAAAGCCGAACACCUCGACUUCAAACAUGUGGCUUUCGGCUGGGUCCGGGACGGCAUGGAUGUGGUGCAGCAGAUGGGAGAGCUGGGCACAAAGGGAGGCGCUCCGUCAAAAAAGCUUGUCAUCACAGCCUGUGGACAGCUGUAGCUUUUUAAAUGUUAAGAUCAAGAUUCCCAGCUUGGUUUAGGUUAUUAAAGUAACAAAGACUUUGACAACCGUGUGUUCCCUGUGCAGUGCAUUUCCUCCUGCUACAACUGAAUCCUUAGUCAUUAGCUACUGAUCAUAGGACUGCUGGUCAAGACCCUUUAUCACGGAAACUUGUCCAGUGUAUCCUAUAAUUUGUCCUAUAAUUUUGUCACCAAUGGGGAAUAUGGUGUAGUACAAUAUAGGAGGAGGCUUUUGGAGCAAAUGUGUACUUUUGCACUUCCAUCUUUAUCACCUGUCAAUAAAUUCUCAUAAUAUGUUUAUUAUGUGUGUAUAAUUGUACAUGAACAAAUUUUUUAAUGUUUGUUUUUGUUCUGUUGUUUUGCAUGUGCUUAGUUUAAAUGUGCCGAUCCUCCUCACAAGCUCCAUUUUGGUUAAUUUGUCCAUUUUUGAAGAAGUCUUAAUUGGAACUGUAAGGUUGCUAUUUGGAUGCACCUAUUGGUUUGUAACCAUGCCCCUGCCUUCUCUAAAUGCCUCUGUGUAACUUUUACUGUAGGGCACCCCAGUGAUUUUUUUCCUUAGGUAAAUGGAAUUCAAGAUGCAGAUAAUUGGACUUUAUAUUUUCACAUAAAAACUGAUGUCUUUUGACUGUGUUGCCUCAUGGCUGGCUAUGUGAUGACAUUACAUCUGGUUUGGACAUUGCAAAGGAGAUCCAGUACAUGUAUAGUUUAAGAUUCACAGUAAGAGUUGAAAUGGUGCUUAUCGUACCAAAAUAAUAUGCUGAUCUAUGAGAAAUAAAGUUGCUUUCCAAGUAA